AUGUCCCGUGAGGCUGGCUCGUGCCGUGUGGGAACUGGGGCCAGGGCAAGGUCUCGGAAGCCCAAGAAGCCACACUACAUCCCCCGGCCCUGGGGCAAACCCUACAACUACAAGUGCUUCCAGUGCCCCUUCACGUGCCUGGAGAAGUCCCACCUCUACAACCACAUGAAGUACAGCCUCUGCAAAGACUCCCUCUCACUGCUGCUGGACUCCCCAGACUGGGCGUGCCGCCGUGCCCCCUCCUCUCCCAGGCCCCACAUGUCUACCCCAGAUGGUUCUGGGGACCCCCCAAGCCAUGGCAGGCAGCCCACCGUGCCAGACGCCAUGGUCACUGACGGCCUUUCCCAGCGCCAUUGCAGUGAGGUCCCUAAGCCUGGGGCCAAGGGGUCUCCAGAGUCAUUGCCCACUCUGGCCAGGGCUGCUCAGAAGGGUCCUGGCCCUGGUAGGCUCCUGAUGGAGUCCUGGAAGCCAGAGCUGGGCAGUGGUACAAGGAGCAUGGCUGUAGGGGUUGUAGCCUCAACAGGCCCUGAGAGAAGUGUCCCCUGCUACCCACCACCCACCCCGGGUGAAUUCCCAGAGGCCCAGAGCGUCCACCUGUCACUGCUGGGUGUCAACUACCCUCUUGGCCCUGGCCUCUUCUCCUACCUGGGUCCAUCACUGGCUGCUGCUGCCCACAUGCCCUUCUUGGCCUCAGCCAGCCCUCUGCUGCCUCCCGCUGCCACCUUCCCCUCCCCACAGUCCCCUGAGCGGGCAGCCCCAGCCCCUCGCCUAUAUUAUCCUCUGCUCCUGGAGCAGAGUCUAGGGCUACCAGCUGGCAGGGCCGGCCCUGCCAAGCCCUCUAUGCCCCCUAAGGGACCCCCUGGGACUCUGGCUCCUGGGCUGCUGAAGGUGCCCAUUCCAGGGCUGGGGGGGGCCUGGCCCCAUGGCACCCCCAGGGAUCCAGGGCAGGAGGGAGACCCCCAGAGACAGCUGCCCCUGGGGAGCAGGCUGGAGCUCCAGAAGGCCUCCUCAAGCCUGGCGAAGUUUGGUUCCCAGAGCAGCCUGCCAUCAGGCUCCUCCCUGAUGCUCUGGCCUGAGGACAAGGAGCUGGGUGACCCCAAGGCCUCAGGUCCUGAGGUCCCCGUCGCCCAGCAGUCACAGGCCCAGGUGCUGGGAAGCCCAGGACCUGUGGGUGAGGACCUGACCCAGGCCCUCAGCGACUAUGCCAGGGUGGAACAGCACCUGGGGCAGUUGAUGCCUGUUGGGGGCCUGGCCCCCCAACCUCUGCGGGAGCAGCUAGGAAAGAUCCGUCGAGAGCUGCUCACCAUCCACCAGGCACUGGAGCGGGCAGCACGGCCACUGGACACACCUCUUGACCUCUCUGUGAAACGGGUGCCUGCCAAGGGACCUGAGGCACGAGCAGAGGCCUGGGAACUGCCUGAGCUGGGCCCCACACUGGCAAGGGGGACCCCUGAGACUCCCAGCAUGCUGGGCCACACAGCACCUGAGCCCUUCUCCAGCCAUACCACCAAGUGUGAGGCAGACUCCAGUGUCCCACCCCCCGGCCUUCCCCUCCAGGCCCAUGAGGACCCUGUCAUUCCUGGCCGUGGCUGGGGUACUUGUGUCCGGGCUGGGGGCUCCCAGACCCCUAAGGAUAUCCCUGGCCUGCAGAGCCCCACAGGUGCUGAGGUCUAA